UUUCAGAAUGCGAAUCCAAAAAGUGGAUGAUAUAUUCGAACUUGAUGCCUAUCAACUGGUUGUGCUCGCUUUCAAUGAGUUUUUGAUAUUCACAAUGUUAUCUAAUGUGGUGUUCAACAUGUUCGGCGCGGCAGCUCCCCGUUUACCAGGCUGCGACGAUAUCAUAUACAACGCGACGAGUCCCUUCCAACAAUGUGAGCAAUAUGAUGCUCAUUUGGAUUGCGAGGAGCCAGCAAUGGAAUAUGAGUUCAAGUCGGUGGCGGUCGAGUUUCAGGAGCUUUGCAGUCGACACAAUGAGCAUUCCUACAUGGAUUCCAUUACACAGCUAUUUGGGGUCAACAAUCGAGUGAGGUUCUCGACGACUUCUCAGAUGAUCGGUAUUAUGUUAGGAUCAGCGAUUGCUGGACAGUUGUCGGAUUUGUAUGGUAGGAAGAAGAUCACCCUACUUUUCCUCUGUAUGAUGCUAUUCUUCUCGACAUCCUCCAGCUUCUCCUCUUCCAUUGAAGUGUUCAUCAUAGUCCGAUUUUUCAUUGGAAUUUGCUGUGGAGGCCUCACAACCGUCGGCUCCAUCCUGGUCGUGGAGAAUCUUCCGUCGGCUCACCGCUUGUGGAUGAGCACAGUAGUCACUUGGGCUCCGAACUACAUGCUCUUUGCGCUUUUCGCGUAUAUUACUGGCGAGUGGAGGUGUCUUGCAAGAAUGUGCAAUGCUAUGACAGUUAUUGCGAUUUUGAUAUGUGCUUUCCUUCUCCCCGAGAGCCCGAAAUACCUGAUUCAAGCUCGAAAAGGGAAGUUGGCGGUGAAAAGUAUCAAGUAUAUAAAUAAGUUCAAAAGAGUCAGAAAUCAGCUAACAGACACUGAAAUCGAAGAUGUGGUACAUAGUGCUAUCGAAGUGGAUACCAAGUCUCGGGCCAAGGCAAAAAAAUAUAGUUUUAUUCAUCUUUAUAUUCAUCCAAAAAUUACUGUGCAAACCGUGGUGGCAUCGAUUUCUAUGUUCUCCGUGAGCUACGUCACUUAUGGCCUACUGUUCAACUACGACGUACUUACUGGGUCAAUUUACAUGAACGCAGCCGUCUCUGGGUUCCUGCGAUAUGUCGUUGGUGCGGUUGUAGCCGUACUGGACCACUUUGGCGGGGAGCAUGUUGGAAGGAAAAGAAUGCAUUUUAUUACUGUAUCCUUUAUUAUGUGCUGCAUGUUUGGAAUAUUCUUUAUUUAUUUUAAUGAUCUGGUUCUGGAGUACAAGUCAUGGAUCCGUGCUCUCACCCUCCUAGCCUUCGGUACAACUGGCUGCCUCUUUCUACAACUCUUGCUGAUCACCGCUGAAAUGUUCCCGACAGGAAUUCGAAACAUCGCGUCUGCCCAUAUUAAUGUCUGUGGGCGGCUUGGCAACGUUUUCGGACCAAUGGUUUUUAGUUAUAAGCUCGGAUUUGCGGGGUCUGGAUAUCUGAUUCUAGGAGUAAUUUGUCUACUUGAUGUAAUAGUAUUCCACAUCUUUAUCCCGGAGACUAAGAAUCAGCCACUUCCACAGGGAAUGCCGUCGAGAAAGAAGCAAAGAAAAGAUCCAGAGGUUCAGAAGUCAUUGACGACGAUUUCAGAAGAACCGGAUAAAUAAUUUAUUUUCGAUGUUAUUUACUGUAUAUUUGAAAUGAAUGAACAUAAAAAUUGCU